GCCUACGUGCCUACGUGCCUAGGAGAAUGCCUAAACCGUCGAUUUCGCACCUAAUAGAGGCCCUCUCUCCAUCGCCCCUGGCCUACAAGCACCUACGUAAAGUCCUCAUUAACGAGAUCCUCCGCAUACUCAUCAAAGCCCUCAUCAGCCGCCUCACGAGCUGCCUCACGAGGCUGCGGCAGGCCUGUCGACUGCGCUGUACUUCCUGCGACAGGCUGUAAACCCCGUACCUGCGCUUCUAGUAGCGCAAUCUUCCGCUCAAGGUUUGCCUUGGUAUUCGCACGUCGCUUCUUUGUAGGACCU